UCGACCAGAAGUCAUAAAACAGCUCUCAAUGAAAACACUCAGCUCUAGUGUCUGCUUUCCACAACACAACGGAGAUUCAUCCCGUGCGUAACCUCCGGGGAUUAAAAUUGUUUCAGUUACCUUAAAAAUCUGUCAAACAAACCAAAGAAGGUCUACUCUGCUUUCCUAAUAUCUGGCGACUCCAAACUCCAGAGGUGGCAAUCGUUUUACACACAAUGAGGCAUCACCACCGCUAUUUGACUUUACUCCUCAUCUCCACUUUUCUCCUCUUCUGUUUUUACUUUCAAAACUCAGUGGUUAUUUCUACCUAUAAUUCUUAUUUUCGUAAUGAGACCGAGCGCGCUCCGUGCGCGUGUGGCGACUGUCCGCUGGACCGGGGGCGCGCGGACUGGUUCAGUGCGUGUUACGAACCGACAGUCCAUCUGCUGCUCAACAGCAGCAACAGCGUGUUACGCGCAGACGUCUUCAGGUGGUGGAAGGAUCUUCAAAAUGUAACACGUGUUGCCAACUACACAGAGGUGGUGAAGAACCUGUUUCCGCUCUUUCCGGAUAAAGAACACUACUCAGAUGCAGGUCCAGAUCGCUGCAGAACCUGCGCUGUGGUCGGGAACUCCGGGAACCUGCUGAGAUCCCAUUAUGGACCUCUCAUAGAUUCCAAUGACUUUGUCAUGAGGAUAAAUAAGGGUCCAUCGGAAGGUUUUGAGAAGGAUGUUGGUUCCAGAACCACUCACAGGAUCAUGUACCCUGAGAGCUCUGUGGAUAUGGACAACUCAACUCACCUGGUGUUUUAUCCUUUUAAGAUUCUGGAUAUGGAGUGGCUCAUCAGUGCCUUCACCACUAAAAACAUCAACAAAACAUAUAUAGAAGUGCCAUCCACAAUAAAGGCUAAUAAGGACAAGGUGAUGAUACUCCACCCAGAAUUUAUGAAAUAUGUUUAUAUGAAUUGGACGGACAGUCACGGGAGAUAUCCAUCCACAGGCUUCCUAACGCUGAUGUUCGCUCUGCACAUCUGUGAUGAGGUGAAAGUUUUCGGGUUUGGAGCUACUAAGGCUGGAAAGUGGCAUCAUUAUUUUGAUGAAACGUUGACUCUGUAUGUCAAUGAAAGUCAUGCUGGAGACUUUGAAUAUCAGACAAUCCGUCGACUUGAGCAGGAGAAGAGGAUUGUGAUGUUCAAGGGUUGGACAUGAACAAAAAUGUUUUGGAAACAUUGGCAGAACGUAUUAGCAUACAUAAAGUAGGCAUAAAAUAUAAAUAUACUUUACUUAUCCUGAAUGAAUUGAUUCUGAAGUACGCAGGAUUCAGAUGCCUUCACUGGAGAAAAAGAGAGAAAAGGAUAUGAAAACAUAAUGAAAUACUGUCAAUCACAGUAAAAUGACCUCCAGCAAAUUGAAUGUGCCAAUAAAUACACUGUACAAAAACUGACCUUCACCAAUCUUCAAAGUCAAUUUGUUGUAUUGGAUAUCUAUAUACUAUUAUUGCGUUUGUAUUUAAUAUUAGAAGAAUAAUGUUAUUUAUAAAUAAAAUAUAAAUGACUUGGAAAGGGGGACGCAUAUGUUUCACUGAUAAAAAGUAAAAACAAGUUUGAAAUGUGAUACGUUCAUGCGAGACUUUCUAUGCAUUCAAGAUGUGCAGUAGAGCAACAACAACAUAACAACACAGCCAAAGAAAUGUAAGAGAUAUGUAAACAAUUACUUCAAUAAACAGAAGCAUUGACAGAGAACCUUUAUGUUUACAUGUUUGUUUUACUCAGGAUCAGAUUCACAGCACAAAACAAUAUGUUAGUCCAAUAGAGAUGAUGCUGUAAUAUAAGGCUUGUGUUCUGUUGUUAUGGGUCUGACAUUAGGCUUCUGGAAGAAAGAGGUCAAACUGUGUUUCAGUAGGUUAACAAUGUGUCAUUCAAGUUAAUAAAGCUGUAGUUUCAUCCUGUUUGUAUGCCAUGUAAUGUAUAACAACAUUUCCCCAAAUGUCUCAAUUACUCACAAGUACUUUGUUAAGAUUGUUGUCUUCAAGCAUGCAUUGACUGUUAAAUUGUUUUUGGUGAUUCAUAUUUUCCUAUUAAAGGCACAAAGAGCUAUUUUUAACAUG